AUGGAUACUGGAGCGAUGGCUAGUGACUUUGGACCUUCAAUGGUCAAGUCAUAUGGGGAUUUCCCCGAUUAUGAGAGGUUGAAGAACGAAAUUACCGACUUUAUACGGGAAUACAAGUCUGAUCCUAGUUACAGCUUGAACGACCAAGUUGCAGCUGAUUUUUAUGACCAAAGGACUGAAGAUAUAGACCUGUUGAACGAGGAAAACAUGGCCGCUGCUACUGUUCCCAAGUAUAUGUUUCUCUUGCAGAAAGUUGCCAACCGGGAGCUAGAUGAAAUCACAGUUGAAUUGGACGAUAUUAUCAGGUUUGAAAGUUUGUCGAGCGUUUCUAAUGGUUCUAAUUCCCUUGCAAAUGAAAUCACCAAGAAUGCACAUCACUUUGUCGAACUUUUCUGUAGAGUAAUUGACGAAAAUUUGCCUGAGCCUAACAAGCCUGUUGAUGAUAAAGAAACAGUUUUGGAUGUCAUUAUCCAGCAGAGGAAAAUACGUACACGAACUCUUCAACAAGAACGCUCGAGAGAGAACCAAUCAGAUCAUCUAGACCCAACUACAACAACUACCACUACCGAAGAUGUCAAUGACGAAAUGACUACUGCACAUGAAUUGUUCCCACCACAAUUAUUGAGACGCUAUAAUCUCUAUUUCAAACCAUCUACUGGAGCAAGUGGGAAAGCUAGCAAACCACUGAAAAUUCGAAAUGUAAAAGGUGAACAUAUCGGUAAGCUGCUCACCGUUAGGGGUAUUGUAACAAGAGUUUCAGAUGUUAAACCCUCAGUUGAAGUUCAGGCUUACACUUGUGAUGCCUGUGGUUAUGAGAUCUUCCAAGAAGUUAAAACUAAAAACUUUACUCCAUUAUUUGAGUGUCAAUCAAGUAUCUGCUCGCAGAAUCGGAAGGCAGGUAGAUUAUUCCCAAGUACAAGGGCAUCAAAAUUCUUGCCAUAUCAAGAUGUCAAAAUCCAAGAAUCCGCUAGUGAUGUGCCACCUGGUAAUAUCCCAAGGAUGUUGACUAUCCAUGUGAGGGGUACCUUGGUCAGAUCAAUGUCUCCCGGUGAUAUGGUUGAUGUUUCUGGUAUUUUCUUACCUCAGCCUUAUACUGGCUUCCAAGCAUUAAAAGCUGGUCUUUUGACAGAAACUUAUCUUGAAGCCCAAUAUAUUAAACAACACAAAAGAAGAUAUGAAGAUUUGGGUUUAACUGAGGAAGUUAAACUGAAGAUUGAAAACUUAAGAAACCAAGACAAUUAUUACGACAUUUUGGCAUCUUCUAUUGCCCCAGAAAUUUUUGGGCAUUUGGAUAUCAAGAAGGCUUUAUUGCUAUUGCUAGUUGGAGGUGUGACCAAGGAAAUGGAUGAUGGUAUGAGAAUUAGGGGUGAUAUAAACAUUUUGCUUAUGGGUGAUCCCGGUGUUGCCAAAUCGCAAUUACUCAAGUCCAUCUCCAAAAUCGCACCUAGAGCUAUCUAUACUACAGGUAAAGGUUCUUCUGGUGUUGGUUUAACUGCCGCUGUUAUGCGGGAUCCAAUCACAGAUGAGUUGGUCCUUGAAGGAGGUGCAUUGGUUCUAGCUGACAAUGGUGUUUGUUGUAUUGAUGAAUUUGAUAAAAUGGAUGAGAACGAUAGAACUGCAAUCCAUGAAGUUAUGGAGCAGCAAACAAUUUCCAUCUCUAAGGCUGGUAUUACAACUACAUUAAAUGCAAGAACUUCGAUUUUAGCAGCUGCAAAUCCAAUUUACGGCCGCUACAAUACUAAGAUAUCACCAAAUGAAAAUAUCAAUUUACCAGCUGCCUUAUUAUCAAGAUUCGACAUUUUGUUUUUGAUUUUGGACAAGCCGGAUUUAGAUAACGAUAUUAAACUAGCUGAGCAUGUUGCAUAUGUUCAUAUGUUUAACAAACAUCCAAGUAUUGGAUAUCAAACCGUUGAUGAACAAACGAUCAGACAAUUUAUUUCAAUUGCUAGACAGCAUAACCCAAUUGUUACAAAGGAGGCUUAUGAUUAUGUUGUCUCAACUUAUAUCAAAUUAAGGCAAGAGAGUAAAAAAAAUGAGAAUUCCAACAGAUUUUUCUCUCAUACGACUCCAAGAACAUUACUCGGUAUUUUGAGAAUGUCCCAAGCCUUAGCUAGAAUCAGGUUUUCAGACAAAGUUGAUACUGGAGAUGUCAAUGAAGCAUUGAGAUUAGUGAAUGCAGCGAAGAACUCGUUGUAUGAUGAUGAUACAGAAAUUGAAGAAACGUCACAAGAGAAACUUUUUACUAUUAUCAAAGAAUUUAUAGCUAGUGAAAUGCAGGCAAACCAUUCUAAAAUCGUUUCCCUCGAAAGGUUGAAGGAAAUUUGUCGUAUGAAGAAUUUCAGAGAGGAUGAAAUCAAUGAAUGUAUUGAGAAAUACGAAAUGUUGAAUAUAUGGCAAGUCAUUGAUAAUGGUAACUCUUUGACCUUGAUUGACGUCAAUGAUGAGGAUGAUGAUUUGAUGAAUGAGGAUUUAGAAGAGUUUUAA